AUGGAGAAACCAGCAUCUCCGUCUUCCGCUUUAAACACCACCUCCACCGUUGCCACCGCUGCAGCAGAGAAUUUAAACUACGUAUCUCGACCGCCGUCUCUGCUUCGAUAUGAUUAUGACCAAGAUCUGACCACCGACUUCUCUUCCAUGUACAACUUCAUUUUCUCACCAAAUUCUACUCUCCCUCACUCCCUUUCCUUCACCCCUUCAUCUUCCUCAUCCUCCGACGACCUGAAGCUCGCAUCGGACAAUUUAGCCACCGAGCACCGCCUCAACCACGCUCGUCUUAUCCUCGAGUGUCAGCAGCUGAGUGACCACUUCGACCUUUGCUUCUCUCGCCUACAGGCUCUCAUGGGAGAGCUUGAAACGCUGCGUAAAGAGAACAUAGAUCUUAAGGUGGCCAAUACCGAGUUGAUCAAGUUUUUGAGCCUCUCGUCCCAAGCCGCCAUGAACAACAGGAUCCUUCAGUGCGAAAAACUACCGGAUCUGAAGAAGAAUUCACUUCCGAAGAGCGCUUCAUUCAGGUCACGUAGUUAUCUUCAGGUCAACCCACGGCAAAGAGUCGUCACUCCCCCAGUGACGACGCGAGUUGGUGUAGAAUUGGUGGAAAGAAGGGAGAAGGGCAAUGAAAUGGAGGUAUACAAUCAAGGAAUGCUGAAGACGGAGCUAUGCAACAAAUGGCAAGAGAUAGGCUCGUGCCCUUACGGAGACCAUUGCCAGUUUGCCCAUGGUAUCGCCGAGCUACGUCCGGUUAUCAGGCAUCCAAGGUACAAGACUCAGGUUUGCCGGAUUGUUCUCUCCGGCGAGCCCUGUCCGUACGGUCACAGGUGCCACUUCCGUCAUUCCCUUACCGAACAAGAGCAAGUGUUAAUUUCACCCUAA